UCUUCAUUUUACCACAUAUAGGGAAAUGAAGCUGGACGUUCAUCUCUUUCUACUUAUAAUCAAAAUUUUGUUUCGAAAAGUUUUAACUCAAACACCUGAGCAGCAGCAACAGCAAAACUGUUUCGGAGGUAUAGGAUCUUACGAUAAAGUUACCGGAAGAAAAUUUGGAUCCGGAGUUACGUCUUCUGUGUUGACUGAGCAGAGAAAUCAGGCAUUAACUAGAGAAUGCCUGAACCUAUGCAAGCAGCAAAGCUCCUGCCGAUCCUUCUCUUUAGACUAUAAAGAAUUCAGGUGCAAUUCGUAUGAAGUAGAUUCGGUCGGUAGGAAGGAGUUGUUUGAAGUCGUUUCCGGUGUUAAUUACUUCGAAAAAACAUGCUUUCGAGGCAUACCAAAAGCCACUUUCGAUACCCUUUGUGGUUCUCGCAUGUGGACUUUCGAUCGAGUGCCAGACGCAUUUUUAGAUGGUUACGUAGAGAAGGACGUGACUAAUAUCCAAACGAAAGAAGAAUGCCAAAAGUUGUGCCUUUUGGAGGAAUCAUUUACCUGUAGGUCGUGUGACCAUGACGAAGUGCAGAAGAUCUGCAGACUAAGCAAAGAAGACAGGAGAACUCAACCUCAAGCUUUUAGAGAAGUGCCAGGAAGUGGAAGGGAUUACUUAGAGAAUCAAUGUGCCGCUUCAGCUCCGACGUCCUGUCGUUACGAUCUCAGACCAGACAUCUCCAUUCUGUCUAUGGACGGUCUUCAGUACGCUUCUAACGAAGACGAAUGCCAGAGUCAAUGUGACACAGAAACGGCAUUUACUUGUCGUUCGUACACUUACAUGGAGAACAGAUGUUACGUCAGUGGAGACGAUACCACCAGCCUGGGACCCGUACAACUUCCAAUUGUGAGUGGUGCUAUUUAUGGAGAGAAAAAGUGUAUUAUAGAGCAAUGUACGGGAGGAGUUUUUACUUACGAAAAAAUGACUGGUGUUAUAUUAAACUCGGCCAUAUCUACAGCAAUAUCUAGCCUAACUCCAGGAGCUAUAGGAAUCACAUUAGAAUGCCGAGAUUAUUGCCAGAAAGAAGGAUUGUCUUGCCCUUCCUUCAGCGUUAACUAUUUACAUAAUCAAUGCGACAAAUUGGAUAGGAAUUCUCAAGGAAGGGAUCAGGACUUAGUGUACAGAGACACUUUCAACUACUUCGAGAAGAUUUGCCUUCGUGGUUCGGAAGCCAUGGCAUGCUCAGAUAAAGCUUGGGCUUUCGAGAGGGUUAAUGGUUACGAAAUGGAUUCGUAUCUAUAUGAUCGCGUAUUGGCUCCGGUUUUAAGCAGAAGAGACUGCGAAGAAUUGUGCUUAAAAGAGAGAAAUUUCGUUUGUAGAUCGGCUCUAUAUAAUGACAUAACCACAGAAUGUAAGCUGUGCAGAGAAGAUCGCAGGACACAACCUAUACAUUUUAGACAAUCAACAAGUACUAGAGUGGAUUAUUUAGAAAACCAAUGUAUACCAACUCUAACAAUUUGCCCUUAUCAGAAACAAGAAGGUAGAUAUCCAACUUACACAGACUUUGUGCAAGCGGGUGGGGUGAUAUCUCAAGAAACUUGCGCUCAACUGUGCGACAACUUUCAAUCUUUUAACUGUCGCUCUUAUGCUUACUAUUCGAGCAGUGGACAAUGUUUUAUUAGUGGAGACGACACAGUUAGCGGGAGAGGUAGUAGUGCAAUUCAAUCCCGUCCUGGAUUAACAUAUUUCGAAAGAGACUGUCAAUCUGUUCCGACCACAUUCACAACUCCUCCUCCAUCUACGCCUAUUGUCCAACCUCCAGCGCAAAGGUGUGCACCUAAUCAGCGCCAAGUGUUUGCUCAAGUAACAGGAUACGAAUAUAUAGGAUCAACAGGUUCGUUAUUAUAUCGUGGAGACAGUCAAGUCCCAGGAAUCGCUAAAGAAUGCGUGGAGAGAUGCAUAAGAGCAUCAGAAUGUCACGGGUUUAAUUUAGAUUAUCAGAGACAAGAAUGCGCUAUGCUGCAAGAUAUCUCGUCCACUAAACCAACCGACCUAAAACCUAGUUUUGGAAAGGCUUUCUUCGAAGGAUUCUGCAUAUCUGUUUUUGUGUCGUGUAAUAAAAUCUGGGUUUACGAUCGUUUCGUGGACAGAGAAUUGGUCGGAGCGCAGCCAAGAGACGUUAUACAAUUUGUUUCUCGAGUAGACUGCCAACGAUUGUGUAUGGAACAGAGAAAUUAUGUAUGCUCUAGCAUUAACUAUAAUAGUUUCAGACAAGAAUGUAUGUUAUAUGAAAGCGUAUAUAGAACGACUGCCAAAAUCCAAAUUUCCUACGCUAAAGGUGUCGAUUAUUUAGAGAAACAAUGCUAUUUAGACACAUCAUCUUGCCCAUAUGACACCGUUGAAAGAGAUCUAAAGAUGUUAUAUAUCACUAAAACUAUUGAUGUUACCUCCAAUUUUCAAUGUGAGAGGGCUUGUAACGGAGAGCACGAUUUCAACUGUAGAUCGUAUACGUAUCUAGAUAAAGCAGAUAAAAGUCAAUGCCUGCUGAGUUCAGAAAGUAGAGAAACCGGACAGAGCUCCGCCAUUCAGUACUUUCCACGCACGCUUUACGCUGGUAAAAUGUGUCGACCUCCCUCACCGUCGACACCCACUCCACGUCCUACCAGACCUCCUGUCACUCCACCCACUCAACCAACAAUUCCACCAACGAUAAGACCUACACCCCCCAUACCAGCAGUGUGUACUCCUGACAGAUAUACCUAUGAGAAAACUCUAGGGAUGGAUUUUAAAUAUGCAAAAAGGGAACGAGUUUAUUCACGUUUUCCAGUAGGUGUUGUGGGCGACUGUAAAAACGAAUGCCAGAGACAAGGGGACAGAUGUAAGGCUUUCGUCGUCGAAUACAGUAAAUUUCAGAACUGUUAUUGGUUAGAUAACGCUGCUACAGAUGCAAGGAGUACUUUAAUAGAGAUUAAGGACUUUUCUUAUUUUGAGAAAAUCUGUUUAAGAGAACCAACUUGCGGGAAAAUUUGGACUUUUGAUAGAGUAGUCGGUUUCGAGUUACAAUUAGCUCCAUAUCAGGAAUUACCAAAUGUAUUUAAAAAGGCAGAAUGUCAAGAAUUCUGUCUGAGGUCCAGGCCACCGUGCAGAUCAGCAAAUUAUUACUACAGACGUCGAUUGUGUCGACUAUAUACCGAAACUAGAAGAACACGCCCCAAUAGUUUCGCACGCUCCAAUCAAGAUGUCGAUUAUUUGGAAAAUCAGUGUGCUGCAGCUGCAUCGGCAUGUCAGUAUAGAGAAUGGCCUGAUAGAAUGACACCAUAUAUGGAUCGUGUCACAAGGUCUUUCACGUUAGCGGAAUGCCAGGGUCAAUGCGAUUCGGAGCGAGAUUUUACGUGUAGAUCAGUAAAUUAUGAAACUUUCGCUCGAGAAUGUGCCCUUAGCAGCGAAGAUUUAUCUACAAUACCCAGAGGGCAGUUGUCUCUAGAAACAAGAGCCAACUCUAUAUACAGUGAAAAAGGAACAUGCGAGCAAGUUAGUGUCCAGUGCAACCAUCAAGAUAUGUUACUAUCAGUUAACUUCGAUUUUCCCUUCAAUGGAAGGGUGUACGCUAAAGGAAAUCCAACACAAUGCUAUAUGCUAGGAACUGGACAAACGUCUUUGCAGUUUGCUAUAUCUUUAGGUUCCCGGUGUGGUACUAAAGAAGAAACCCCUACUAGAUUUACCAACGAAGUAGUUGUCCAGCAACAUCCAGUUAUCGUUACAGAUAACGACAGAACCAUACGAGUCAUCUGUUCAUUCGAGACUGCAGAUCGCACUGUUACCUUGGGAUCACCUGUACUCGGUGGCAUACCGGGAAUAGAUGUCACUACUAGAUUCCAACCUACCUUGGCAUCUCUAGUAACGAAUACCGCUCCUCCUCCAAACGUCGUUAUGAGAAUUUUGGAUCGAACGGGAAGAGAUGCUACAGUUGUAGGUCUGGGUGACGAAUUAUCACUUAGGUUAGAAUUAAGACAACCUGAAACUUCCCUUGCAAUCUUUGCGCGCAAUCUGUACGCCAGAAGUAAAAAUGGAGAAUCGUUGUUUCUCAUCGACAGCACUGGAUGCCCAACAGAUUUGAGUAUCUUCCCUGCACUUAGUCUAGACCUUCGAGAUAGACGAACUUUAUACGCUAAUUUUAAAGCGUUUAGAUUCCCCUCUACUGGAUUAGUAAACUUUGAAGUACAGAUAAGAUUCUGUCCAGAAAGAUGCCAACCUGUACGAUGCUCCAAUGGUCUUGAAUCAUUUGGUAAACGUAAACGAAGAGAUUUGGAAGAAGUAAACAUUACGAAUUUCGAACUUUACACCGAAUAUCAGGCUUUACCAGUCGAAGACGAUAAAUCUGUUCCCGUCAUUGUGCCUCAAGCGGCCAUUGUCGAAGAUUUACUAAACAGAAAUGUAGGGCCUAGCACAGAGGAGAUGACUUCGUUACAUACACCGUAUGAUAAUGAAACAUAUAAUACCACCAUUGAUAUAGACGACAUCACUACAAUGCCAAUGUCAUUAGCUGUAGAAAGAGAAUCUACAAUAAAUAUUAUAAAUGAAACAAAAUAUCCAGUUACAGAAUCUAUUGCGGAAACUGAAAGUAAUCUUACAACACCUCAACAAGCGUGGAAUCGAACUGAAGGCGAUUCGACAGUUGAAGAUGUUUUCUCGUUUUGGACCACUAAUUAUAAAUUUCAGUUAGAAGAUGGAGGUAAUGAUGACUUCAGAAUGUACGACAAUAUACCAAGCAAUCUUCCUUCAACUGCAGAAUAUGUGGCUGCUACACCUGCCAGAAAUGUUAGAGAAAUUCCUCUUUCGUUAGCCAUUAUGGUUGGAGAUGAUUCUGAUAAGAAUUCCUUUUCAGAUUCUAGCAACAGAAAUGACGGAAAUCCCGUUUCCGAUGUUUUGUGCGCCUCUCAAUCUACUAUUAUCGCGACUGUAGUGACAGUGACUCUUCUACACGUUGGGGUUGCCUUAGGAGCUAUGUUUUGCUGCAGGUGGCACAGAAGGAAUAAGAAAAAGAAGCAUUUGGAAGACAAUUUGGCGAUACAAACGACGUGUGGCAAUUCGGACAUUUUGUUCGGUAGCCCCGACGUUAAUUUUAGUACGAUUUACGGGUCCUACGAAACUCCGCCUUGAAUCAAAUGUAUUUAUAUUAUAUUUUAAAGGUAAUUUCCAUAAAUUACAAUAGAUUUUAUAUCAAAUUGAUGUAUAAGUUAUGCUUAGAGGUGCACAUAAAAUUAUGCGCGACUCUAAUAAAAACUCACCUUUUAACGAAAAAUAUUAAUUAUAUCAAUAUUCUGAAGUAAACUAAGGCAAAAACCAUUCAUUUUUCUUUAAAAAAUUCUAUUUAGUAAAGAAAAAUAAAUGAUAAAAAUUCUUUCAAUAUAUCGCUUUCCGUAACCAAAUCAAAUUUGGUUACUCGAAUUAUUGUCAAUUAGAGUAUAGAAAAAUUCUCAAAAUGUAUAAACAUAGAGUGCCAUCUGUUGAUGAAAAUUAGAAUCUAGAAAAAAAAAGUUAAUGUAGAGAAUGAUCAUUAUUGUUAUCAUUUCCUUCAGUAAAAUUUAUUAUAAAUUAUCUAAAUAAAGAGAAGCCAAGCUUAAUUAUGAAAAAUUUAAACGAAUUUUUAAA